CAACCUGGAAAUUCUGAAGCGCAGUUAACUUAUGUUGGGGAAAGAGUUAUUUACACAAAAGUUAUCCCUUAAAAAAAAAAAAGAAAGAAAGAAAGAAAAAGUUAUCCCUAAUUUGUUUUGGAAAAAUUCAAAGUAUAGUAACUGAGGCAAGUCCAGCCGUCCUCCCCAGUGGUCCCGGGAUUUUGGAAGCAGAGGCAGGAGGAUCGGGUGCUCAAGUUCCAGAGAGAAAGGAAGCCGGUAGUGUGAACCACAUAAGGGAGCCAAACCCCUGCUGACGGGAGUUACUCCCAGAAGGCUGUCCUGCAGUUGCCAGGCAACACGUGUAAACAGCGCCUGAUCAUGGCCACUAACUACAGCGCCAACCAGUAUGAAAAAGCUUACUUACCCACGUACCUGCAGAAUUGGUCUCCUGCCAAGCCAACAAAAGAGAAAAUCGCUGCCCAUGAAGGUUACACUCAGAUCAUCGCCAAUGAUCGAGGUCAUCUCUUGCCUUCAGUGCCCCGUUCCAAGGCAAGUCCCUGGGGUUCCUUCAUGGGUACGUGGCAGAUGCCCCUGAAGAUACCACCUGCUCGGGUGAGUUUGACUGCCCGUACAAGUGCUGCCGCCGACUCCAUCACCAAAUGGAUCCAAAAGAAUCCUGACCUGCUCAAUGCCUGUAAUGGGCUGCGUCCUGAAAUCUCAGGCAAGCCCUUUGAUUCCGACAGUCAGAAGAAACAGAAGAAAUGUGCCACAAAGACUGUACAGCAAGCACCGAAUCCCACCAUAAUCCCCAGCUCGCCGGUUAUCCAAGGAGACAACCCAGAUGAACCGCAAAGUUCACACCCCUCUGCAGGUCACACCCCAGGUCCCCUGACCCCAGCCAACUCUCCCAAGAACCCACCUCCGAGCCCGUGUGAGAGCACCAAGCAGGCCCAAGUCUAGCUGAGAUCCAGACGAGUGAAGCUGGGGUGACAUUUUACAGAUGAUUGUAAUGGGUACGACCCUGGAUUCAGAAAUGUGGAACAGAGAAAUGGGGGGCAAAGGCAAAUUGGAGGAAAUACACAUUGUUUGUUAAAUCUUUCACUGA